GGACUUUGAGUUUUCAAUUCAACUCACACCUCUCUACAGUAUAUAUACUGGCGACUAAGGCAGUCUUGCAUACAUACAGCUGGUGUUUUAUAGAGCAGAUAAGAAAAAAGCUUGUACUGACUAAUCAAAGCAAGAAACAUGAAGGUCUUUUUGGUACUGGCUCUGGCUGUAUUCACAGGCUGCCAAGCCAACUUGUUCUAUGCUGAUGAGCCCAAACCACAGCUGGAACAAUUGACUGAUGCUUUCUGGGAUUAUGUUGCCAAGGCAACACACACUGCUGAGGACACACUGAAAACAAUUAGAGAGUCUCAACUUGGCCAGGAAGUCAAUGCUAGAUUUACAGAUGGCACUAAUAUGGCCAGUGAGUAUGCUGUCACUCUUCAGAAACAAGUGAGCCCUAUGGCCCAGGACAUCAUGACCAAGAUCUUUCAGGAGGCUGAGGUUCUGAAGGAACGUCUUGAGCAGGACUUGACCACUGUGAAGGGCAAACUGGAGCCCUAUUCUGAUGAUAUGAAGACCCAAAUUCAGCAGAAAAUGGAGGAGCUGAGAGUAGCUGUAGCUCCCUAUGCUGAGUCCAUUGACACUGAAGCUCUGAAAACAACUGUGCUGCAGAAGACAGUCGAGCUCAGAGGAAGUUUGGAGGAGAAAGUGAAGGAGCUGCAGUCCCAGAUGGAGCCCUUUGCCGAACAACUCAGACAGAAAGUAGAUCAGCACAUGCAAGAAUUCCAAAACGCUAUUGCCCCUCUUACUGACGAUCUUCAGACCAAGGUUGCUGAGCGAGCUGCUUUGGUUCAGCAGGGUCUGGCUCCUUAUUCUGAAGAUCUGAGUGAGAAACUGGACCCUUACACGCAAAAUCUGAAGGACCAACUCACCUCUCUGUAUGAGUCCUUCAGCAAGACCAACUAAAUACCCCAUACACCAUUGUGCUUACUGAACUGUUUUCUAUACAUGGAAACUCAUACUAAAAUAUAAGACAUAAAAUAUUUAAUCAUAUAUUACAUGCAUUAUUAUUCACCCAAACUGUAAGCUUUUUCAAUAUUGUACCAUGAACCUGAGAAUUUUCCUGUGUUAAAAACAUUGCUAUGUAAAUGCAUCUGGUAUG